UCUUGGGCUUCGGGAGUGUUUCCCAUUUAAACAAACAGAGCCGAAGAUGGCGGAGAGUUAAUGGUGUAAAGAAGAAAUUAUCGAUUCGGGAGAGAGUCACGUCCACGAGACUCCAUUGAUCAGCCCACAUAGGACCGCGCCCCCAAAGCGAGGGGAGGGGGGACCUGAUCGUCCAUCAUCUUGGCGCCGUCGAAAGGUGCUGAUAUGUGUUCACGAUGAGCGGGCUGGGGGAAAACUCCAUGGAGCCUCUGAGCUCGGAAAACCGGAAACGCAAGCUUUCCACUUGUGACACGCCUGGUAUGGGGUGUGAGAGGAAGCGGCGGGAGCAGGAGAGCAAAUACAUAGAGGAACUGGCGGAGCUGAUCUCCGCCAACCUAAGCGACAUCGACAGCUUCAAUGUCAAACCAGACAAAUGUGCCAUCCUCAAAGAGACGGUGCGCCAGAUCCGCCAGAUCAAAGAGCAGGGUAAAGCUUCAUCCAACGAUGACGACGUUCAAAAGUCAGACGUGUCCUCAACUGGUCAGGGGGUCAUCGACAAGGACCACCUGGGUCCACUUCUGCUGCAGGCUCUGGAUGGCUUCCUGUUCGUGGUAAACCGGGAGGGCAGCAUCGUGUUCGUGUCGGACAACGUGACGCAGUACCUGCAGUACAAACAGGAGGAGCUCAUCAACACCAGCGUGUACAACAUUCUUCACGAGGACGACAGGGAGGAGUUUCACAAGAACCUGCCCAAGACCAACAUAAAUGGGGUGUCGUGGGGAAGCGAGGCAGCCCGACAGAAGAGUCACACCUUUACUUGCCGGAUGCUGGUCAAAUUUGGCCAUGCCCACGGCCCCAUGGAGGAGGGGCCUGGAGGGCCACGCUACGAGACCAUGCAAUGUUUUGCUCUUACCCAACCCAAGGCCAUGAUCGAGGAGGGCGAAGACCUUCAGUCAUGUAUGAUCUGCGUGGCCCGUCGAGUGACAGCCAUGGAGAGGACGGAGAGUUUUAACACCAGGCAUGAACUCUCAGGUAAACUGAUUCAGAUCGACCAGAACUCCCUGCGAGCGUCGAUGCGUCCGGGCUGGGAGGAUUUGUUGAGGCGUUGCAUUCAGAUGUUCCUUCAGCACAGCGAUGGGCAGCCCUGGUCACACAAACGCCACUAUCAUGAGGCCUUUCUGCAGGGUCACGCAGAGACGCCCUUGUACCGCUUCUCCCUCUCUGACGGCACUCCAGUCACAGCCCAGACCAAGAGUAAGCUGUACCGUCACCCUAUGAGCAACGAGCCGCAAGGCUUCAUCUCCACGCACCUACUACAGAGGGAGCCGAAUGGUUACCGCUCAGCACCAGGUGGGAGCAUGAUGCCAAACACGAUGCGACAGCAGGGCAUGGGAGGCCCCAACCCGAAUGCCCAAAUGAACACCGGUGGCGGAAUGGGUAUGGGGGGCAUGGGGGGCAUGAACAGGGGCUUCGGCAUGAAUGAGCAGGGUCACAUGGGUCCGAUGGGCGGCGGCUCGAUGUAUGGAGGAAAUGGCGGAGGAGGAAGUGGAGGAGGAGGAGGCAUGGGUAACCGCAUGAUGCAGAUGAAUCAGAUGGGGCACAUGAAUCAGAUGGGUCCUAUGAAUCACCCAGGCCAAGGCAUGCCGCAGCACCAACAGCAGCCCCCGUUUCAGAGCAGUGGCGGCUUUGGCCUCAGUGGCAUGAACAGUCCCUCGGGGAGCCCGAGAAUGGGCGUUCCUCAGCAGGGUCUCCUGAUGUCACCUCGGAACCGGGGAAGCCCAAAAAUGGGCUCCAACCAGUUCUCACCUGGAGGGUUGCACUCUCCUAUGAGUGGCAUUGGCAGUAAUGGUGGAAGUGGGGGCAGCACCACCACCUUCUCCAGCAGCUCCUUAAAUGCCCUACAAGCCAUCAGUGAAGGAGUAGGGAGCUCACUCCCCUCUACCCUAACAUCUCCUUCUCCGGCCCACAAACCAGACAGCUCUCCCAGCAUCCACUCCUCCUCCUCUUCUUCUCAGCCCAGUCAGGCAGCCAAACCAGGCCAGGAUGGCUCCAAAAGCCCAGCCGGGGGCUUAGCACCUGGACCCAGCGACCAUCACCACCCCAUGCACCAUCACCACCAUCAUCAGCAUCCUCAGGCUGAGAGUUCCGGAGACCGACCAGAUAGCCAGGCAGCAACAGCGACUAAAGACUCUGGAGACGGAAGCAAUGAAGCGGGAGCGGCUAACUCCGAACCUCCUCGCAGAGUGCCAGACAGUAAGGGACAUAAGAAGCUGCUGCAGUUGCUGACGUCUCCUACAGAGGAGCUGGGAAUAGGUGGCAGUGGGCCAACGGGGCCCCCUGUACCGCCCCCUCCGACCAGCAGUAACACUCCUGCGGGCUCAGACAGUAAGGAUGCGACGGGAGGCAUGACUAGCCCCUCAUCAACUGGGGUUACCUCAUCCUCUUCGGCCAGUGGAAAUUCAGGCCAAGCGACAGGACCAGGGGGCGUGUCAGCAUCAAUGUCAUCAGCCCACUAUACUGGCUCGCUGCAAGAGAAGCACAAGAUCCUCCACAAGCUGCUGCAGAACGGCAAUACGCCAGAUGAAGUGGCUAAGAUCACAGCUGAGGCUACAGGCAAGGUGUCUCUCGGGGGCCAGGAGGGCGCUGAGGUUGGAACAGGAGGCUCAGGGGCCGGGUCGGGCCCUGGGUUGAUCACAGAUCCCAAACAGGAGCAGCAUAGUCCCAAGAAGGAGAAGACCCAUGCCCUCCUCCAUUAUCUCCUCAACAAGGAUGAUUCCAAAGAGCCAGCGGAUGUUAAGCCCAAACUCGAAGAGCUAGACGGGAAGGGACCUGUGGGGGCUGCUGGCGGCCCACCACGGAGUAUCCCUGGAUCUGGGCCCGGCCCUGUACCUGAACAUCCCGAGAGCAAGAUCAAGUCAGAACCACCUGAUGAUUUGCACAACCUGGAAUCUAUCCUGGGAGAUCUGAGGAGUUCAAGCUCUGACUUUUACCCCGAUCAGGCUGGAGGUGGAGGGGCCAACGACACAGGAAGCAAACCCCCGGGUUGCCUUGACGACAGCCUGCAGGGGAGUCCAGGUAUGGGUUCAGGACCCCGGGUGCCCUUCCAGAGGGCCAUGUCCAUGGAUGCAAAGCCUCCUGGUGGGCCUGGAGGAGGCAGACGCCCCAUGCUUGUCAAGCAGGAAAACAUGAUGGGCAGCCCAGACAGCUAUCCAGGAAACAUGGGACCAAUGAAUAGAGGGAUGGGUCCUCAGAGAUCCCCCAUGGGUAGUUCAGGUGAGUGGGGCAUGCCCCGCACCAGUGCCAGUCCUGUGGGCUCAGCAGGAUAUCCACCCAUGAUGCGCCCGGGCAUGGAGUACAACAACAACGGCAAGGGCGUAAUGUCAGGGCCCAUGGUCAGCCGCUCCAACAGCGUACCAGCCACAAGGUCGAUGUUGCAGCAACAGCUCAUGGAUAUGGGAGGUUCUGCUGAUAUGGGCAUGGGUAUGAGCCCCUUCAGCCAGCAGGGCCAACCGAACCAGUCGCCCUCCUGGCCGGACACAAUGAUGGGCAUGGAGGGAAGCAGGCGGCAGUUUGGCAACACCUUAGAUGAUCUUCUGGUGCCUCCCACCACGAGUGAGGGUCAGAGCGAUGAACGGGCGCUUUUGGACCAGCUAGACUCCCUGCUGAACAAUACAGAUGGCAUCGCUUUGGAGGAGAUAGACAGAGCUCUGGGCAUCCCAGACCUCGUCAGCCAGACACAGGGAGCAGAGCAGCAGCUAGAACCUUUUCCAGGGCAGGAUCCGUCCAUGGUAGUGGACCAGAAGCCUCUCUAUGGGCAGGGCUAUCCUGGACCUCCUACUAUGCCUAUGCAGCCUGGCUAUGGAGGGAACCCUAUGCAGGGUCAGGCCCAGCAGGGGGGAUUUGGGCCCAUGCUCUCACAAAUGGGCCAAGGCGGCAGUUUCCCCGCUAUGGGUGGAAUGGUGGGCAUGGGCCACCCUCGUGCCAACAUGAUGCGACCCAGGAUGAUGAGUGCAAACAAACCAAUGAGACUCCAGCUGCAACAGAGACUGCAGGGACAACAGUUCAUGAAUCAGACACGGCAGGGCAUGGCCUUGAAAAUGGAGAACCCAGGAGGAAACCCUGGCAUGAGGCCUGGCAUGCAACCUGGCAUGGGAGGACAGCCGAGCUUCUUGAACGCUCAGAUGAUGGCUCAACGAAGCAGGGAGAUGGUCACCAUGCAGAUGAGGAGGCAACGCAUGAUGAUGCUGAUGCAGCAGCAACAGCAACAGCAGGCGGCGGCGGCAGCUGCUGCGGCUGCCGGAGGGUUCAGCCCUCCUCCCAACGUUACAGCUCCUGGCGGUAUGGACAACCCUAUGGGAGGGCCAACCAUGGGCCAGCCGGGCCCCCAGCAGUUUGGCUAUGGUGGCAACUAUGGGAUAGGCCAGCAAGGAGACCCCUCUUUUGGCCCCUCAGGUGGAAGUCCUCCUAAUGCCAUGAUGCCUGGCCGCCUGGGGCCUCAAAAUCCCAUGAUGCAACAGCACCCACAGGGUGGCCCCAUGUACCAAGGUGCUGAUAUGAAAGGCUGGUCACAGGGAGGCAUGGGUCGCAACAGUUCGUACCCUCAGCAACAGUUUGCGCAGCAGGGACCUCCAGGGCAACAGCAGUUUGGCCAGCAGGGGAAUCCAGGGCAGUAUGGAGGCAUGAUGAUGAACGGGGGCAUGCCGCCUAGUGGAGGAGGAGGUCACAUGGGGCAAAUGGGUAUGAACCCAAUGGUGAUGGGACGAAUGCCGAUGGGGCCUGAUCAGAAAUACUGCUGAACAUCGUGGCAGACUCCUUUGCCUCACUGUGAUCACCAUUCAGAGACGGCAGACGGCUGCAGCACCGGGUGUGUUGGGCAGACUGGGCGAUGUUAGUCUGUGCUGUGCUGUACUCCCACCAGGUGGGGGCGUGAACUUCCCUUUGGACUCGUGGCCAGUACCGUCAGUCUGGCAACCUGCGGAAACACAGACUCUGUCACAUACAUGAAAACACACAGCGAUCAUAAAAAACAUAAAAAAAUCAGAAACACUGUGACUUCUUUACACACAGAUACAUAACGAUGGUCAUACAGACACCUUUGCGAUUCCUCUAACGGACCUUAGUAUAAUAUCCCCCUCUUUGUGAGCAGUGUGUGCGUGCCCACGCCGAACGCACUCGCCGGACCAAGCGGUGAAGGUGGACGGACGCUCGAGUGAAACCACGUGGACAAACGUGUUGUGACAUCCUCUCCUUUGUCGAAUGUACCAUGAAGCUGUAUUCAGAUCUGAAAAGAUUGCUCUCUCGUUUCUGAACUCUUCGGGACUUUUUUUAAUCCGCCGUCUUUCUGCUGCUCCUGGAGAAUCUCUGUCAAAGCGGUUCUAGAUGACGAGCCGUCAGAUUGUGACACUCACACAAAUGUGAUUAAGCAGUAGCACAUUGUUUCAUUCCCUGGGACGCCCCUGGGCUAAAGUACGACUGAAUUCCUUGUUGGCUGAUUGCACUUUAAGGAAAAGCCAACAUCAAAAGGAUUGUGGCAAUAUAGAGGCCUUUACCCGAGAAUUAACGCAUAGCAGCAGACAUCUUCUGUUUAUUUUUGUGUGCGUUGUUCUUCAGGGUUUCCUAUCUAAGAAAAGGCGCUGUUGAUUGGAAAUGGGUAACCUUGAUGCUCUUUGUUCAUUAGUGGGAACCAGUAGAAAGGCAGUAAGCACAGAUUUGAUCCAAUACACUCGUAUAUAGUGUGCGGAUUUAUUAAUAUGACAAUUUUUAAGCCACUUUAAAGUCACUCUUGGAACAAAGAGUCUUCUAUUAAAAUUCAAACACUCCACUUAUAUUUCUACAGAGUCAUAAGGUGAUCAUUUACAUUGAGGAGGUGAUUUUUAGCUCAAAGUGAUUCAGAUAUUUUGGUUACCUUGCACCCGUUUUCAGUGCUACUAGUAAGUAAAUCAAAAAUGGAUUGCCAGUUAUGAAAUUAUGCCUAGAUUACCUAACAUUUUAAAAGAAAGUGUUAGAUUUGAGUGUAGGUGUGCAUAUUUCUAGCAAUAAUCCUUCCUCCUGGUUUUCCUCUGAGGACAAAGCUGAAGCAUUGUUUACUCAAAGCGACGGUACUGCAGUAUUAGACAUGGUGUCUUGUUAGGAGCUUUUCUUUUCCUUUCGUCUGUGAAUAUGAAUUGUAAAUAUGCUUCAAAUGUACUAUAUAUAAAUAUAUAUAUGCUUUUGUAGGUCACAUACUGUUUUUUGCACAGCUUGUAAGGCUUGAUAUUUAAAAGUGUAAUUUUCUUAUUCUGUCAUGGCUCGGCUUUUAUUUUCAAUACUUUAACCAUCGGUUUGGAAAGGAAGGGCCUCUUUUUGUAAGCAGUACGUGUGACUUUCUUUCAUACUGCCACUUUCCCUCUCUCAGAACGCACCUUUAUUUUUAUUUUGUGAUUUCCGAAUCAAGAAUUUCUCUUUAUUUUUCCGAGGACAUAGUCUUAGCUAAAGAGGUGCUAGUGGGUUAACUUUUUUUUUUUUUAAGUAAAUUAUAUUUCUUUUAAUUAAAACAAAACAAUUGCCUAUAUAAAAAGAGUUGACACAUGAUUGUGUUAGGCUUCAAGAGGCCCAGAUGUCUUACCGGUAUGUGAGGUGUGUAUUCUCUGUACUUAACCUCAAGCUUCCAUUUCUGACUUGUUUUCCCCUCCUGAGGUUUCUGUGCUUUCAGUUUCGUUCAGCCUCAUAUACGAGACUUUGGAAAUCAGUCCCGCUGUGUCCGUAAGCCUGUGCGGUUUGUCCGCAGAUAUUUAAUCAUGACGAAAGCAACAAACAGAAGGAAGGAGAUUUAAAUCCCCUGAUUAUCUGCCUCUGUCUUGGCAGGGUGUUUUUUAAUUUUACAUUCAAGUUUUGAACUUUAUUUCUGAUGUGUUUCCUGUGGAACUUUCUGUUGAGAAAUCUACCUUUGAAAACACGCUCAACCCAAAGAUUUCUGUUUGUCAUUCUGCAGUGCGUAGACACAGUUCCUGAUGUAGAUUGUGCAAGUACUCAUGUGUGCUUUUACUGUUGCACAUUACCUAUAAUAUACAUUGAGCUGAAUAUGUUUAAUUGCAUAUAUUAUAUCCCCCAUCUGUAUGAAAUAGAGUAGACAUGAGUCUGGUUCUGCUGAGGUGCUUUCGGUUUUUGUUUGUGAUCGUUUCUUCCUUUCUGUAGACCUUAUGGCCAGUUGAAUCGUGGUGCUGCAAAUUUCACACAGGAGAAUGUUUUUAAGCUGGGAAAGGGAGGCUUCAUUCAUGAUUGAUGUCAUUUAUGUCUCAGAAUAAUAGCCUGGAUUUCUUUUUUUCUAAAACCCUUGUCUCUCGAUGAAGAAUAUGAAAGACUUAUCCACAAACAUUUCAAACAAAACAUCUGUGUUUCUGCUUUAACGGAAAGGAACUCCUCUCAGUGCUUCAUUGGAGCUUAAAGAAAAGAGAAAACACAUCUGGGAAUCAUACAGUCAUUAAUACAGGAUGUAAAAUACUGUUGCAUUUUUCUUACCUUGUUUCUUGAUGUUAAU